AUGAAAAUAGAAUAAAAUUAAAAGAAACACAAUACAUUCUUAAAAAGAUUCACUGAAAUAUCAGGGAUUAGCUAUCUUUCGUUAAAUAAGAAAAAUAAAUAAAGAGAGUGAAUUUGAGGUUGGUUUGUGCUGUGUUCCAAACUUCAUCCCGUCUGAAGUUUCUCUUGUUUUGUAUUCCAUUCUGUAUCUAUGGCUUUUAAAACAUUCACGGCUUCAAUCAAACUGUUGAUAGACCAGGAAAGAAACAAGGUACUUCUUGCUGAAGCUGGGAAUGAUUUUAUUGAUACUCUCCGCAGCCUUCUUAAGUUGCCGCUUGGAAACAUUGGUCUACUCUUUCGCAAAAAUAAAUGCCUGCUGACCAGUUGCUUGGAUAACCUAAACAACAGCGUCGAGAAUCUCAGCCUCAACAGCUUUCGAACCCAUGCCUGUAAGCGUAUGUUGCUUUAUCCGAGAAGCAUUCAUAAAGACAAGCCAGUCCAGUAUUUUACAUGCAAAAAGAGGGGAUGUGGUUUGUUGAGUUAUUAUGAAACUUCAAGAUGCUCUUGCGGAAAGUUGAUGAAUAGUGAGAUAUAUUUAGAAGAAAUGGAGAGAGAUGGGGUAAAAGAUGAAAAUGAGGGAGGGUUCUGUAAAGUAGAAUCCAGGUUUUUCAUCACUGACGAUUUAAGGGUGAUGAAAGGAUUACCAGGUGAUCUCAUUCAAUUCCUUAGUAAGUUGGGUAUCAAGGAUGUUAAUAUGAAUGCUGUUAAGGAACUUGAAAUUGGUUCAAAAGAGAUAUUUAAUCUUUUGAGCCAUUCAUUGAUCUCAAAGACUACUCUGACCGAUGUUUUUCUAAGAAAACAAGGAACGAUGUUAGUUGAACGGCCCUUGCUCAUAGGUCCAAGUACCAAGGAGACAACUGCAAAAGAUGGCAAAACAAGAGUGAAGAUAAUGGAGAGAAAGUCAGAUAGGAAGAUCUUGUAUGCUGAAGCAAAUGAAGAUUUCGUUGACCUCUUAUUUAGCCUCCUCACAAUCCCUCUAGAAUCGGUGUUACAACUUGUAGGAGAUCGUUACAUCAUAGCUGGAUCUUAAAAGCAUGAAUGCAAGCCAUUUUGAAAUAUGAUCUAAUUGUUGUCAGGGUCUGUUUUUGCCCUAGUUGCAUAAGAUCAAGUUAAAGCCAUUUCAUUUUGUAAGUUCUGGUUUAUAUAAGGCAAAAACAAAGAGAGUU